GUAAAUGAAGAUAAAUUUUUCGGCGGAUGUUUUGAAACAAGUUUGGACCUGGGAUGAUGACAUGAGAUUGAUGCUUUGCACAAUUUAAACGGGGGCUGGAAGAGAUGGCAAUGCAAACAAGACAAGAUAUAAAUUUUCAAGGCAUUUUCAAAAAGCUAGGUCAUAACUUGGAUGAAAUCCGUGUCAGAAGUCUAGAAAACCUACUUUCAAAGCUUGAACACAAUUUAGUUUGUGACUCAGACUUGAUUAAUGAGCGCCACUUGAUGAUUAGACUAAUAGAAUGGUUCAAUUUCCCCAGUCCACCAAAACAAGGAGAAGUGUUGCAUCUUAUCCAGAGAUUAUCAAAGCAUUCUGCAACUGCUCAAAUUCUCCAAGACAUUGGUGCUAUUGAAUUUUUGAGUCAGCUUCGAGCUGAUGUUUCCAAGUCUCUUCAGCCUGUAAUUGAUGAAAUCCUGGAAAACACAAUGAGAUUGCCAGAAGUGCCUGAGGAAACCUAUGCUCCAACGUGUGUUUACCAGAAACAAGGCUACAUUCCCGAAUCUAAAGCGCUUGCAACCAGUGAUGUAGCAUCUGAAAUGGAUCCAUUACAUUCAUCAGUCUCGUCUGUUUUGCCUCAGGAAAGCACAGGCCAACCACAUAUUAUAACAGGAAGAGAAAUCACUGAUGGGUAUUUCAAAGACAAAGUACAUGUAAUUCAAGAGCAGCAAAGGGAGAAUACUGAUGGUACCUCAAACACAUUCCUUGUGACAACAUUUCCUUGGUUGGCCCUGACUCCUACUGACAGACAUGUUAUACAGUCUACAAACUCCUCUUUACAAAGUAGAGAAUCUCAUUUAUUGGCCAGUUCCUGUGAAUUUUUGAGUGAUGUUGUAUUUCAAGACUUUCCAUCUGAGAUAUUUUUACAGAGGCCGAAUAUUGUUAGAAAUCUGCUAGCACUUUUAGGAGCUGUUCCCAAUGUUAACACACAUUUGACCAUUCAUGCAGCCAAAACUUUAGGUCACCUGACCUCCUCUUUAAGGUCAAGAUUACGAUAUUAUCAAGAUCCAGCAUUAUUCACUUCCAAACAAGAUUUCAGUUCAGCUUCUUCUUCACCAUUUUCUAACUCCCCGAGUGUGUUGUCUAACCAGUCAGGGAGGUCGGAUGGCCACAGUCCACGGACUGGUUGGGGGGACACUCGACCCCGUGGAGAUGGGCGGGAGGUGGACUCCUCCUCAUCUGUCAGUUCCAACUCCAGGAACUCUAGUGUCAGUGUAGGGCCUGAGGUGACAAACCCUGAGGAGACCGACAUUGAUGAUAUGAGGUCCCUUCAGAGCAUGCAGAUCACUCUCCCUCAGUACUGCUCCCUGGUCAUCGAGAAAGCAGUGCCCCUUCUGAAGACAGAGACAGAAGGUGUUGUCACUCAGCUAAUGUACCUCCUGAACCAGGUCCUAGAGAUCUUUAAUGGUAUUGUUACCAUGGAGAUAUGGCAGGAUACCUCAUCCAGGGCGAGGGAAAUUGCUGAGAGAAUAUGUGGAACAUUUGAGGCUCUUAGUGAUGUAAUUAAUUAUCAUCACCAUGGUGAUGUCAACCGUGGGAAUACAAGCCAUGAAAAGGAGAAGGGAGAUAUUGUGCAACACAGGUUGGCCUUCAUUGGGGUGACAGGAUUUACUGCAAGGCUUCUGAGGCAGCUAGUUCCUUUGCAACAAGGGAGGAAACUUUUGCCCUCCAGUCUGAUCAAGUCUAUGGAGUUGGUGGUGUUUGAUGAGGCUUUGUCUCAUAGUUAUCCAAGCAUACAGAUCACACUCCUGGCCUAUUUACAGAUCCUCAGUCCAGACAAGUAUAAACUGUUCGUGGACACUGCCAAAAUAUCACAGUCCAUCCAAAAGUCAUGUCAAUUUUUGAUGCUUUGUCAGGAGGAGGGAUACAAAGGAAGCAGUGAAUUGAUCAACAUGGCGGAGACUUCUCUACAGAGUCUACCAUACCACAUACACCUCCCGCUGGUUACGGAGUUUGUCAAACUCUCGUCCUCGAUAUGUGCUAGAACAACUGAAGAGAGAGCUCUGCAGACAAAAUGUAUGGACAUCUUGCUGAAGUUCUUGUCCCAUCCUCUCCCUCAGGUCAAAGAACAAACCUACAGUACCAUCAAACAGGUUGUCAAGGGUUCCUUGAAUGUUAAUGAGGCAGCUGACCCCAGUUCCAGGGCCUGUUACCUCUCCAGAUUCCUGUUUAACUCUGAUGUCAUGUAUCAAGUCAUUGUCUUUGGCCUCAUUGACGAUAAUUCCAAGGUAAGCCAAAUGGGCACAGAGAUCAUAUGUCACAUCCUAGAUGGUCAGCUGUUGAUGACAGAGGAUUUAUGGAAGGAGGCACAGACUAGUCUAAUGAGAUCACUUCCUGUCUUACAGACCUAUGUUGACUUGGGGACCAAACUUGGCUCCUCCUUGCUGGCAAUGACAGAUCCUACAGAGGGCCAGACAGAGGGAGGGCUAGUGUACUUAGAGAAAUUGAGGGGCUGUAUUAGAAUGAUGUUUUCGACUGACAUCAGAACAAGAGCUGAAGCUUUGAAGCGGCUGGCCUGGUUCUUGUCAAACGAACGAGACAGUAAUGAAAAACUGCCCAUCUUUGCCUCCUUGGAUGUAACAAAUUUGACCAGUAUUUUCGUUGUGGAGUUACAGAGGUCUCUGGAUGAAGACCUCGGUAGAUCAGUGUUCCAGAUUGAUGGCCUAAGGAAGGUGUAUGAAAUCUUUAACUCCUCAUCGGUUGAUCCCUCUGUGAAAAAGUCUGCUGUCGACCAGUUAGCCAUCAUUUUACAAGAUCACAAUCUUCAUGCCCCGUUCAAAGCAGAAGGAGGGGUAGAAACCAUCCUCAAACACUUAAAGCUGGGACUGGUCAGAAAUGAUAAUGUGCAGAGUGAGAACUUACAUUACCUGCCAGCAUGUGCAGCCAUCUUGAGAUCCCUUGUUCACUAUGACUACAGACUGAGACACAAAUUUGCUCGAGAUCAGGAAAUGUAUCUCAUACUUCUCAGAGUUGCUUUCCUACAUCAGAGAGAUGAGAGAACCUGCUAUGAAGUAGCUCAUAUUUUGACAUUGUUGUUGUUUGAUGAAGUGGCAAAGUUUGACCUCGGUGGUGGAACAAGCCCAGUAGUUCAUUUUUCUGUGCCAAGUGUGUUGAGAAAAAGGUGUCGUUUACCAUUCCGUCCAGUGUGUCACCAUGACAACAGUCCCCAUGAAGUGGAGUUGCCCCCUGAUCCUGACCCCAUACAGACAGAGAGAUCAUUAGAAAUGCUCCGAGUCUGCUGGAAUGUUUCCUGGCACGGUGGAAUGGAGAAACUGCAGAAGUAUUUAGCCAGAAAUAACAGUACCAGUAAAAGUGACCUAUUCAGCGAGUUUUCUCCUCGGCUACAACUGAGUUGUAUAGAGAAAAAAAUUGUUCAAUGCAGUCACUUAUCUGAGGGAAUCAAACAGACCCUGUACAACAUCUGUAAUGCCACUUCCCACAAUGCUGUGAGGUCAGCACUUAGCCAGUUGCUUAGUUACUUGGUAAACUCCUAUGGUUAUGAAGGGUCGGAGGUCAUGUUCGAUCAAGAGUGGCUAUCCAGUAUUGGAAGGUUUCUGAAGGUCCAUCCAUCAAUGCCAGAUGAUGAAUCUCUACUGCAAGAAGUUCUUGGUUUUAUCAGUAUGGCUCUGAGGUUAACCAGUGACGUGUCGGAGGGCACCCUCCAGGCCCUGGGGGAGGCUCUAUAUCAGCCAACAGGACCUCUGAUUGGCCUGUCCCAUAGGACAUCAGUCAGAGGAGAGACCAGGGAUGUCCCAGAAAAUGUUAACAUUAAAAGGACCCUGGACAAAGAGCUGUUGUCCUUCAUCUCUAACUACAACUGUAAACUCCCCUACGUCCUGUGCAGAAGACUAAAGUUUCAGCAGCUUCGAGGGGACCUUUGUCAUCAGUUACUGCAGCGCCUAAAUGUCACAGAUGCCCCUCAUUUCUAUAAUCUGGCUUCACUUGAGGGAACUCUUCUGUGUCUCAUGCACAUCACUGCCAGACCGGGAUGGAGCACAGAGAGCACAGAACUGGAGUGUGGUACACUGUGUAAUCAACUACUGGGCUGUCUGUUAGAGGUUGUGUCGGCUUUCCACAUCGGGCGCGGAGGGACAUCCAUGUCCUACAUGGGGAAGGGGGUCACGAAGGCAGCCACCCUGUGUCUCCGACAUCUAGCUUAUGAAAUGUCCACAGCAGUUGGAAACAAGAAAUGGGCUGAGCAGUGGAUGUAUGUGCAGCAGAGGGCGGAUGGACAGAACAGCACAGAGAGAGAGGGAGAGCAUGGCCUUGACUGGUUACUGACCCUAUGGUUUUACAGGGAUCCUGAGGUGAGAGUCGCUGGAUUGGGAAUUGGAGUAGCCUUGACCUCAACAGAGAUUGGAAGGACAGUGGUGACUUCAAAUUGUAAACACAUUCCAGGUGGUGUCUGGGGCAUGGCCUUCAGUAUUCUCCUGGACCAAUUAGAAUGCAGCAUGGUUCGCCAACAGGCAGCAUUGCUGUUGGUCAAUAUGACAUCACAAUCCAUGCCAUGUGAAAGUGUGGAAUUGGAACAGAAUUUGUGGCAGGGACCCAUAGUCACAGAUACCGAGUCCAAGGUGUCUCUCGUAGGACUGACAGCACUCUUGGCGUUACUCCACCACAGUCAUUUCUAUCAAGAGAUGCUGAUGGUGUUCACCAACUUCUAUGCUCAGCCAGUCAUACAGCAGAUCUCGGCUGCAGAGGUGAUGCUGUCAUCACAACUGUCCUCCGCUAGCUCAGAAUCUACCAUGUCUACUACAGCUGAUUUGACUUCAGUCAGUCAGCAGGGUCAGCAAUUCUGGAGCCGAGGAGGAACAGAUGCUUGGGGGAGUUUGAAAGCAAGCACAAGGAAUGUCCAGACUGUGCAACAGGCAGACAGUUCUGGCAGUACUCUGAUGGCUGGGGAUGGAGGAAGUGACAUCAUUAGUGUAGCCACACCCUCACUAGUGGCCUCCAUUUCGCAACUAUUACGCAACCUGGUCAUUCUAGCACCUCAAGACACAUUCACUUGUCUCAAACAAGACUCCUUUGUGCAAAUCCUGACAAAUAUGGUGGACACCAACUUAUUGGAGGCGUACAUGUUGGAGAUGGAGGGGAACGUUAACUAUGAUCAGUACGAGGUGGUGUUUGGGGACCUCCUGGAGAUGUACCGGUCCGUGAUCUCACUCCUCACGGCCUGUGUUGUAUAUGACACUCCCACUAGACAGGAAAUCCUCGCAAACAAAGACUUCAUCAUAUCUGCCCUAGCUCUGAUGACUAUUAGAUUCCAAGGUUCAUCAGAUGUGGAAUCAAAGCUUCAGGAACUGUGGGGGGCAGUUUUGUCUUUCUUUGUCAUAAACUUACAACUCCAAGGAGCUUCAACUCUUGCAGUGGUGACAGAAUCCAUACCCAAAAUAUGGGGCUCUUUUUCUGAAAAUAUGUGUAACAUCAUUACAAAGCGACUGGACUAUGAUCAUGAGUUAUUCUCCAAAUGUCUGCAGUUUCUCUCCAUAUUGUUCAGUGAAGAGGGAAAACUUCAGGGGAGACAACCUGAUCUCUCUGUCUGUUCAAUCAGAGAGCUUCUGGAUUCUGGCACAGGAAAUGAUGAGAAAUGUGAAAAUAGUCCUGGCUACCAUCUGUGUAAGUCCCUCAUACCAGUGUAUGAGCAGUCAGUAGUACGCUCCUCUGAUCACCGAAGCAUGGAGAGGCUUCAUGCUGCAUCAGCGCUUAGAAACCUCCUGGCUGUCAGUCAAAGUGCCAAAUCUGUUGCUUUGGAAAUUGGCUUUGUGGAGACCACAAUAGAAAAUAUCAAACAGCUGCAUUCCAAAAUGAAUCUUGAAGCCCUGCAAUUGGGAAAAUCUACUGCAAAAAAGAAAGAAGACUCACUAGUCCAGGACCUCAUCAUCACAUUUGAUGUUCUGAGAAAUCUCCUGUUUAUGAAUGAAGAUGCCAAAAUGGCUUGCUACCAUUCAUGUCUGCCUAGUGUAAUUCACAAAAUUUGGCCGUGGUGUCAAAUGGAGCCACAACUAAUGCUUUCUACCGUUUCACUGUUAUCUACUUAUGCUGCCAAAUGUCUUACUGCCACAAGUUCUUUGGCAUACACCUCUCCAUCCUCUACAUCCACCACACAAAAUGUGAGAUCCACCUCCCAGCAGUUGGGCACUAACUCCAUCAUCCACUGUCUUCUGAAGUUGGCAGGCAAAGAGGGCAUCAGAGAGCCACUAUUGAAGGCUUUGUAUGGACUAUUGGCCACACUCUGUCUGUCAUCUGAGUGCAGAAAUAUCAUGUUCAAGAGCAACUUCUUCAAAGAAUUUACGGAGCUAAAUCCAAAGAAAAAGAAGAAAAAUAAACAGCAUAAGAACCUAGAAACCUACUGGUUGGAACUGAUGGUCAAUCUGUCUUUCUCCACUGAGGGCCAGCAAAUGAUUCUGAAAACUGGGGACUCAGUGGACCUGUUGCUGGACUUUGUGGACUGUGGGAAUGGAGUCACAUUGGAAUACUCAGUGCUGAUCAUCAGGAACAUGUGCUGUCACUGCAGUAGCAAACCAAAACUAUUGGCAAACGACAAACUUUUGCCUCUCCUUCUGUCAUGCUUGAACAAGGAUUCUGUAAAGGUUCAGACAAUAGCAGCCUCAGCUUUUCUGGGCCUCGUGUUUAAUAACCAAAAGGCAAAAGUCAUGAUGAAAAACGCAAAUCUAUUACCUAAACUUCAAGAAACUUUAUCCAAUCUCAACAAUAUGCGAAUGACACCAGAAAAAUGUGUGCAAGAUUUGAUGUCGGUCGUUUUAGCUGUAUCAGAGUGAAUCUGAAGUAGUUGUACAUGUAAACUUUAAUGGCUGAUUAGUAGUUAAAGCAACAGUGCUUCAAUGACAAUUACUUUUAGUUUCCAGUAUUUUGUACAUGUAUUGGUAAUAUAGGUACUCUGAAGUAAAAGUUUGACUGUGAUAUCAUUUUAUACAUCCAUUAUAGUGAAUAUGCUUGGACUCAAUAAAUUUAAACAAAAUCUUAAA